AUGCAAACUCGCUUCAAGUCUGGAAUUAUCAAGUCUCAACAUGGUUUCUUGGCUGCCAAGUCCACAAGUGGUCCUUCUCUUUUCCAUGAACCACAAACUUAUUCUCAGGCUGCCAAGGUUUCAGAAUGGAAUCAUGCUAUGGUUGAUGAGUUUCAGGCUCUUGAAAAGCAGCAUACUUGGACUUUUGUUCCUUAUCAACCCUCCAUGAACAUUGUUGGUUGUAAAUGGGUGUUCAAACUUAAGAAAAAUGCUGAUGGUUCCAUUUCUCGGCACAAGGCUCGGUUGGUUGCCAAAGGGUUUCAUCAAGAGGUUGCUGCUCAAUAUCAUUGGUCCAUUAAACAACAUGACGUGAAGAAUGCUUUUCUUCAUGGUGUACUUCAUGAGGAGGAUCUCGGCCAAUUAACCUAUUUUCUGGGACUCCAAGUUCAGUAUACUUCCACAUGCAUUCAUGUUAAUCAAUCCAAAUGUGCCACUGAUCUUCUUCUUAAAGCUGUGAACACUCUUUGCCAGUUUAUGCAUACUCCUACAAAUACUCAUUUUGGUGCUGCCAAACUUGUGCUGUGCUAUUUGGCUGGUACUUUGACUCACGACAUUCAUUUAACCUCUGGUGAUGUUCAUCUGCAAGCCUAUUCCGAUGCAGACUGGGUAGGUGAUGUCAAUGAUCGUCGGUCUACAAUAGGGUAUGUUGUCUUUCUCGGCAAUAACCCUAUCUCUUGGUGUGCUAAGAAGCAGAACACCGUCUCUCGUUCCUCGACUGAAGCAGAAUACAGGGCUCUUGCUAUCACUGCCGUUGAGUUAUCCUGGCUUUGCCAACUUCUAUGA